AUGCAAGAAGACGAGAUUGUUGGCACAUUUAAAUGGAAGAAAAAAGGAGAAGCACCAAAAAGCUCACGACACGUUAAAGCUUCGCCUGAUCCGACUUACUCGUUUGAUCCCAAAGGAAGUAAUUUAACUGAAGUUGAGUGUUUUAGGUACCUAGGAAUUCUUCUCUACAUGGGAGCUCACCAUGAUGUCAUUAAUCCCGUGGAAGAGCUUUGGUCAAUCGACCACGGAAAAUCUAUUUAUAGAAAUAGCAUGCCACGUGACAUGUUUAAAUUCAUUUCUUCACACAUAGAAACUUACGAUGUGGGCCAGCCAGAUGAUGUUUGUGAUGAUGCAUCAGACACUUCAGAUGAUGGGGAUGUCGAAGAGAAAGAGAAAGCUGACAACGGGCCAGAAGGAGAGUAUUUCAACUGCGCGGAAUAUUCAGAUCGAGAUUUCAGAGAUCUCUCUGAAGAGCAACUCAGGAAAGAUGUCAGAAUCAAAAGGGGCAUCGUUGGUAGUGGAGUUGUUAAAGUCGUCCCUGCAAUAACUCCAAAUGCACACGACAGCUUUUCUAAAAUUAGAGUGGUUUUAGAUAAGUUUAAUUCUAAUCUUGUCAACCAAACCUAUUACAAACCUAGUAAUAGUGUUUCGGUUGACGAACAUUUGUGUUCUUAUAAAGGGCAUAUGUGUGCUAAGGUGUUUAUUAAGUCUAAGCCUGGACGUUAUGGUAUAAAGUUUUGG